AUGUCGCUGCUUCGAGCUCUGCAACGUCAGGGCGUGCUCUCUGACCUGCCUCUUCCUUCUCGUCCUCCUCUCGAUGGCGUCGUCCGUCUUAUCCCACAAACACCCACUGACUCCUCUGCCGGCCUACCACCCUCCUCCUCCACCUCCGAUGCCUUCUUUUCCACCUCCUCAACCACCACUCUCGCAUCAACUUCCCCCUCCUUCUCCUGCAGACGAGACAACCUCACAGUAGGCACCCGUGUCAUCAUCGCCCAAGACGCAGACCUUCGAGGUGAAAUUUCUGUAGGGAGCGGCACACUCAUCCACCCCAAAGCAACUAUCCUGGCCCUUCAAGGUCCCAUCUCGAUCGGCUCGAAUUGCAUUAUCGAAGAGACUGCCAUCAUCGUCAAUCGCAAAUCUACGCCUAUCAGGAUCGGCGACAAUAACCUCUUUGAAGUAGGAUGUCGGGUGGAAGCGGCUUCGGUCGGGUCGUACAAUGUUUUUGAGAUGAGAAGUAGGGUGGCGCAGAAUGUCAAGGUUGGGUCGUACAGUGUAGUGGGUGCAGGGUGUAUGGUGCUGCCUAAGCCGGUGAGCGAUACUCAACUGCAGAGUUUAUUCGACAAUGAUGAUGAUGAGGAGGAGGCAGAGUCAAUACGAAAGCUCAGCACAGAUGGAGAAGGGGUAGAGAAUGGUGCAGAAGAGGAGAAGAAGGGGGAACAGGGAGAGGAACAAGUGUUUGAAGAGCUACCAGAUCAAACCGUAGUAUAUGGAGCAGAUAGCAAAAGAAGAUUGUGGAGCGGACAAGGUGCACAGCAGCAAGCAGCGUUGCAUGCAAAACAUCUCGAUUAUUUGAGAGAUGCUAUUCCACGCGCGCACAAGCUCAAGAUCAUUCAGGGUGUCAGAGCUUCGAAUCCUGCACCGGCGUCGCAAAGCACAAUACAGACACAAUAA